GCAACAGCGGUCACCACGUUGGGUUGAGUUGCCUUCUGUUUUGAUUUCUUGGCAUCAAGCAUCGCCCGUGGCUUCUCUCUUUACAAUCAUCACCUUGACACCUACCUUAGUACUUACUACUCGGUCAGCAAGUAAGGUACGGAUACAUGUACGGAUACUAAAGGCAUCUGAGGUUAUCCACCAAUUUGCCUCUCGCCUCGCUUCCCUUUCCUAUCCACAAUUAUUUCGUCGCUGCCAAGUACGGAUAUCUCACCCUGCAGCUGGCUGUAGAUCCCUCCUGCAACAGCUGCAUCACCUACCUCAUCCGUUCUUUCUGCUAUCUGCGAAUAUUCGUCCUUACUUCACACGCGCAGAGGAGACUUGGUUGCAUCUCGUGCACCGCCCACCGCAUCAACUGUCCACUCUUCCCAUCGGUCGGCCCUUGGUCUUGGCAUCCACAUAGCGACAUUGGCAUCCCAUCACACUCAAUCAGCCCGACGUUGCGAGGCAGUCUACCAUUCCAGAUUUAUACCACUCGGCUCGGCAUCUCGCCCGCACCCAAACAACAAAGGAGGUCCAAGAGCCUUGUUCAAUUGAAUCAUCCAUACCACACGAUUGCUUGCCCCAAUCUUGUACGGAUAGGUACCUCCAGGGAACAGAAAAACGAAGGGGAUCAAAGGGGGGCCAAGCUAAAACGGACCGCCACCAGAGCAAUUCCGCUUGCAACAUUCCUUUCCCCGCCCAAUCUCUCUCCCUUCAUCGAGGAAUGCCAGCCCUUCAACUUUGGCAUCAUCAACAUCUGCGUCCCGGCUCUUGCGAUUGAAGUCCAGCCGACCGGGGCCAACAGGAGCGUCCAACAUCGACACGAGAAGCCUCGCUCCUCGCCUGGUAUUCCCGAGCCCGAGAAAGAGGACAAACUCCGCCGGCAAUAAAGCUUGAGUAAGCGAAAAAUGCCUUACUACGCCAGAACCAAGGGCCGGACCCAGGAAAUCCCGCCCGACGGCAGCCGGUCUCCCCUUCCGGCCUCCGGCGCCCGGUCGCCGCUGCCGCCCCGGACACCUCUCGGCCGGCCUCCUUCCCGGUCAUUACCAGACCUGAGUGCCGAUGUGCGGAAUGCUCUCUCAGCACCGAAGCACGACGAUGUCAACUACCGCCACAGCUUCUGGACCCGCUGCCGCUGCUGCCGUCGUUCACGGAGCGCCAUUGACCUGCUCCGUAGAGUUGUUCUCGUACCGCUAGCCGACUUGUUCUGGUUCCUCGAGGAAGCAGCUGAGUCUGUGCCGCCCGUCAUCCCAGCGCUCAUCGCUUGCAUAUUUCUGUUGGUGGCACUGCCGAUGCUGAUUGCGUGGGAUUUCCUCUGAGCGAGCGGUCGUGUUUUCAAGUGAGGCAAUCAUCGAUGCACACUUGGUUGUGUGUGCGUCUGCGACAGAAGAUUCCAAGAGGGCUUUCAAAUAUUGCCUGGAUUCGAGGGGUGGAGGUGGUAGACCGUAUGUAACGAUAGACUGUACUGACUGACUUUGCUCAUCACCAUGGCGCAACGACAAGCGAACGGAUGAAACCCAGGACAUACC